AUGCGAAUUUCCUCAAAAUCUCGGAAGAUCAUUGGAAUUUCCAAUGCUAUUCUAAUUGGAAUCAUGAUUUUUCUCGAAUCAACGCAAAUCUUAUUGAAGAGUGAUAAGUACCUGGAAUUUAAGAACAUUGGUAUCUUGGAAUGGCUCUCGGAUCAAGACUCUCUGUUUUUGUACUCAAAUUUGGUUAUAUCUACCCUUCUCAUAGUCUCAAUUGUAUUGUUGGUAAUAGUGUUCGAUGUGGUGAUUUCUCAAGAAAGUGACCACUUUCAUGUUGGCCCCAGAUCUUAUUCGAAAAAUGAGAAAAUUUGUCAGAACUAUUUGAACUAUGGAGAGUCGAGAAAAAGUCGACGUCUUAUUGAUCGUAUCCAUGUAGAUUACUCGUGCUGUGGAGUCAAAUCGAUUGAUGAUUUCGUGGAUUUAUCUGAAAUAGAUAAGAGCCUACCGUCUCAAACUAAGUUAUGGUCGUGUAAUGAGUGGGAAUACUGCGGAGUUCCUCUAAGCUGCUGUAAAACUGUUUCGUGCUCACAAAAAGUUGAACUUCUGAAGGAAGGAUGGGAUCCAGAAAAUAUAACAAAACAAUGGUUCAAUAGAAAUGGAUGCAUUGAGAAAAUGGAAAACGCCUACUUGUUCCUGAGUUAUCCUAACUACAUUUUGACAGAUUUUGCCAUGAUUCUUGUUUUGGGUUUUCACAUCUGCUCAAUGAUACUUUCCCAGAUUUUAAUCACAUCUAGUGCAACACUCCACACGGCCCAUUUAGAAACUUCUGAAGCCUCAUAUGCCUGGCUUAUCGAUGUUGGUCAGCCAGAUCCGCUCAGUCUCAAGCUCAAUCCCGAUAUAGAUCUAUCCGAGCCAAAAUCAAGUGAUCACAAUGAAGAGUAUCAAGGUGAAGAAAACGACAAUGUAGAAGAAAUUAUAUCGCUAGCUGCUUGUACAACAGAAAAGGAAACAAAAACCGAAAUCGAAACUAAAAAUACCGAAAGCAGCACAGGAACAUCCAGUAAGGGGACCAGUUCAACAGGAGCAACACACGCUUCUGCUGUUUCUGCCAGUGUUAUGGAGAGCCCCGGCCAAUUUUCUUCCAAUGAAGUGAUUAUUUACGAUUCGGAUACGGGGGUAGCUAAAAGAAUGCCUCAGAAGACAAAAAAGACAAAAGGAGAUUCGAACCUCAAGAAAAACAAGCCAAAAAUCGCGAGAAAAAACACCGAAACCAAGCGAAAACAGUCUAAAAAGCCGAGUGGUACAAAUAAAGGAAGGAAUACGAAAACGAAGAAAGCGCCUAACAAGAAUCUGAAAAAGAAAACUACUGCUAAUCAGAAGAAGAAAAAAUAA